CCUUUCGUAUAAUUUACGUAGUUUCCUUGAUUAAAGUUCUAAAAUUAAAGUUUAGGUAUGGUUUUGUAGAAUAUUUCGUGGCGCAUCUUUUAAAAAAACACAAACCGCGAGAUCCUGAAUGUACAUGAGAAAAAUAGAAAAUACUGAGAGGCUCAUUCAUUAUGAUGCACUCGAUAGAAACUUCCAUAGUUCUACAGUCAAUAAUUGUCAUACGGAAUCUCAGUCAUACCCAUCAAUUCCAUUUUAGAUGAGCAUUAAUUNCCCAUUAAAUUUGUAAAUCCUAAAAUUUUAAAUAAAAUAUACUUUCACCCCCACCCCCCCCCCCCCCCUGGAAAAAUAUUAUUCCCAACCGUGUACUAGAUUAUUCACAAAUACUAUGUUCUUUCAAUGAAUUUCAUUGAGCAUGAGUUUUAGAACUGCAACUGUAUUAUAUUUGCUUUAGGUAUGUUUCAAAUAGAUAUUUGAUCUCCAGUCCACGAGCACAUUUUGAUGUUGAAUGGGCGUAUUGCUUUGAUGUCCAUUUAAAUGCUAUUCUACCACUUGUUGCCGUUUUACACAUUGUUCAGUUACCAUUUUUAAAAGUGUUACCAUUUCUCCGCAAUACCCAUGUGUUAUUGGUUCCGUUAACCGGUUUAUUUUUUCUCUAUAUCCUCUCUGUUAUUGCCCAAUGGAAUAUGAGUGGAAUGUUAGUACGUUUUUACGAAUAUCGUGUAGGACAUAUGAGACAUUAG